ACUUGACAGUUGAGUCUAAUUUAUAGAAAAUUCUUGGUGAGGUUAUAGUUACUCGAGAAAAAUUAUAUAAAUGUGUACGGUGAAAAAUGGCAUUAAACAUAAUAAAAAACCUGUCACGGAACCCUGCCGUACUUAAAUUGUGUUGCAGAGAUAUAACUAAUAUCUGCUUUAAUAAAUCCUGUUUUGCUGCAAAAAACAGUCGAAUACUCACCUACACAACUUUAUCAAGUUACCAAAAACAUCAGUUUAUAAGAUACUCUUCGGUACCUGCUGCGCAAAGUGAUGCUGAUUAUUGCCGUGAAAAUAAAAUAACAAUAAUAGGCGAUGACAUUCCCAGUCCAGUAAGAGACUUGGACAGUGGAAACUUUCCAGAUUAUAUUAAGAAUUUUCUUCAAGAGCAGGGCUUUACUAAGCCUACACUGAUCCAGUCCCAAGGAUGGCCAAUUGCUAUUGCGGGGAAAAAUUUUGUUGGUAUCGCUCAAACAGGUACAGGUAAAACUCUUGCAUAUUUGCUGCCAGCAGUUAUUCAACUAAAAGAAAAUAAAGGACGAAGGGGUAAGGGUCCAAGAGCAUUAGUACUGGCUCCUACAAGAGAACUUGCAAGACAGAUAGAGGAAGUUGCUAAAGAUUUUGAAAGGCUUUUGAACAUCCGUUGUCUAUGUAUAUAUGGAGGUGUGAGCAGAUCUAAUCAAGCUCAACAGUUGCAACGGGGUGUAGAUAUCCUUAUCGCUACACCUGGCAGAUUAAAUGAUUUUCUUAACAGCAGAGUGACGACUUUAAGCAGAUGUACAUAUGUGGUGUUGGAUGAGGCUGAUAGAAUGUUAGACAUGGGCUUUGAACCUCAGAUCAGGCAAGCAUUGGAAGAUGUACCAUACGAGAGACAAAUCCUUAUGUUCUCAGCAACAUGGCCUAAGGAAGUACAACAUUUAGCUAAAGAUUAUCUAGGAGAAUUUGUACAGGUUAAUGUGGGUUCUACAGAAUUGACAGCCAAUCAUAAUAUCAAACAAUGCAUAUAUGUUUGUGAACAAGACCAAAAAAUGGAUAAAUUCAAAUCUAUCAUGCAUGAAAUAUCAGGCAAUGGUUUUGGUAAGGUUCUGGUGUUCACAAAUACAAAGAAAUUUGUAGAUAGCUUGACACUGGCACUACAAAGAAAUGGCUGGCCGGCGGUCGGCAUACAUGGUGACAAAACGCAACUUCAAAGGGAUAUUAUUAUUAAUAAAUUUAGAAGCGGAAAAACUAAUAUUCUUGUUGCCACAGAUGUUGCUGCAAGAGGCUUAGAUGUUGAUGGUGUAACACAUGUUGUGAACUAUGAUUUUCCAAACACAUCUGAAGAUUAUAUCCACAGAAUUGGAAGAACUGGCAGAUCAGAUAAUAAGGGUGUAGCUCAUACUAUCUUAACAAGCGAGAAUGCUCGACAAGCAAGAAGUCUUAUACAAGUACUCAAGGAAGCAAAACAAGAAGUUCCACAUGAAUUGGAACAGCUGUGCCGUGAUUACGGCAGCAUGAAGUUCAAGGAGCAGCAGACGAAAUAUAAACCUAAAAACAAUUAUAAAUGGAAGAAUUAUAAUAACAGGAAUUAUAACAGAGAUGGUUGGAACUCACGCGACAAGUUUGGCAGUAUGCGUGAAAUGUAUUAGAUUUAUUUAAAAAUAACUUUUAAUGUUGUUUUAUUUAUAUAAUAGCUAUGUUACCUGCAAUGUACAUUACCCUUUAUGUACGACUUUUAUUUUUAGAUACUCAGGUGUCAAUUUGAUAAUUUAGUUUAGGCACAAUAACAAUAGAUAAUUGUAACCACUGUGAUAGAAAUAUAAAUCUUAAUAAAUA